AUGGGGUUUCUUUACACCACCAGUUGCUGGAGCGCUCUUUCUUGCUGCUUUGGUGGCAAGUUGCUUGCGAGGGGCUUUCCCACCAGUUGAUUUACGAGCAGUCUGCUUAGUACGAGCCAUCUUAUACGAAAUAAUCGAUCAAGGAAGAAGAUUGAAAAGGGUGAGCGCUACUCAGGUUUAUACUUCGCGCCUGCAUCGGUGAUUGGUUCUUUUUCGCAAGCGGUGAUUGGUCAAAAAACGGAGUAACUAUGUCUUGAUUGGCUAGUAAAACGUGCACAACCAUUGGUUCGCUUACGCAACCUUCGAUCCAUAUUUCCAUCGAAGCUCGAAGGUCACCAAUUCUAAAAUUGAGUGUAUUGUGUCCUGUGAAUGCAAAUUUAUCUAUAUUACUUCAAAGCUACGCUUUAACGCCCCCCAACAACAGCUACCGGUAACAUUAUCAAGUCCUUCAAAAUGAACCGUUCUUUAUACCCUGCAUCGUGUCCCCCUAUUGAAAACAUGGUACAUAUCCCUACCUGCAUAGUGAUGGUGGGUUUACCUGCUAGAGGCAAGACUUACAUCUCUAGAAAACUCACUAGAUAUCUGAACUGGAUCGGCGUCAACACGAAAGUGUUCAAUCUAGGGGAGUAUCGUCGAGAGAUGGCUGGCGCCCACUGCAAACACUCCUUCUUCGAUCCAAACAACGCAAAUGGCAUGAACAUCCGUGAAAAGUGCGCCGAUAGGGCAUUGGAAGACAUAACCGAAUGGCUGAAAGGAAAAGGUCAGGUGGCCAUUUUUGAUGCUACAAACACCACUCGAGCAAGGAGAAAGAAGGUCCAGGAUCACCUCGAUGCGAACGGUUUCACGGGCUUUUUCGUGGAAUCUGUUUGUGACGAUGAUGAGAUUAUUGAGAGCAAUAUAAAAGAGGUAAAAGUGAACUCCCCAGAUUACCAGGGGGUCAACCCAGAUGAGGCUUGUCAAGAUUUCCAAGCUAGGAUCAAUCAGUAUAAGACCCAUUAUGAACCCCUUUCUUUGCAUCAUGAUCAGAACGUGCCCUUUCUAAAAGUGAUUGAUGGAGGAAAACGCUUUCUCAUGAACAAAGUGGAGGGCUACUUGCAGAGUAGAGUACUUUACUACAUAAUGAAUCUGCACAUAACCCCCAGAGCUAUCUACUUGUCUAGGCACGGUGAGAGCAUGAUGAAUACCCAAGGCAGGAUUGGCGGUGAUUCCGAUCUAACUGAAAGAGGCUGGGAGUAUAGCAAAGUGCUGGGGAAGUUUGUGAAGGAGAGCAUGCCUGCCGAUCUGAAAGUGUGGAUCAGCGAAAAGAAGCGGACCAAUCAGACUGCAAAGUUCAUUGAUAGACCCAUUGAGCAAUGGAAGGCCGUUAACGAAAUUGAUGCUGGAGUAUGCGAAGGAAUGACAUAUGAGGAAAUCCAGGAAAAAUACCCUGCGGAUUUUGCUCGAAGAGAUGAGGAUAAAUUUCAUUACAGGUAUGCUCGAGGGGAGUCUUAUGAAGACCUUGUUGCUCGUUUGGAGCCAGUCAUCAUGGAGCUUGAAAGGCAACACAAUGUGCUUGUGAUUUGUCAUCAAGCUGUAGCCCGAUGUCUCUUGGCCUACUUCUUGGAUCACACCUCUGAAGAGCUGCCCUAUUUACGCGUGCCUUUACACACCGUAAUCAAGCUCACUCCUGUCGCAUAUGGUUGCCGUGUGGAACAGUUUGACCUUAAGGUGCCUGCCGUCAACACGCACAGAGAAAAGCCAAAGAUUGUAGCAGUAAGCAGAACAGCUGAAGAUGCUUUAAUGACUGUUCCAGAACAUAAGUAA